AUGAAAAGGUGUAGUAGUAUNNNNAUCCGAUGGCUGCAUCGAUUGAAAAAGCGAUGGAGGGUCAGCAAGAAUUCAUCGUUCUAUGCGCACGCCCAGAUGAUCGACAUUCAUUGGGAUGAUGAAGAUGUCUAUGAUGAUGAGCGGCAAGAUAUUGAUUCUGAUAUCGAUGAGCCGAUAGAAUAUUGA